AUGUCAUCCGUAUCUCCAGUUUCUUCUUCUACCAUUCAGACUUCGCUACCCACUAAAAUUUCAUCUCUCGAUCAAUAUUAUGAAUUGUAUAAUUUAUCCAUUGAAAAGCCGGAUAUAUUCUGGACAUUAGCUGCCAAACGUUUAAAGUGGUUAAAAUUUCCCACAAUUAUCAAAAACACAUCCUUCGACCAUCUAUCAGAUAAGAACAUCUUAAUUAAAUGGUAUGAGGAUGGUAUUUUAAAUGUUUGUUUUAAUUGUCUUGAUAAACACAUUGAGCAUGAUUCCUCAGUUGCGAAACAAACUGCAUUUAUAUUUGAACCCGAUGAAAUAAAUGGAACUGUAAAACAUUUAACAUACGGUGAAUUACUUGAACAAGUAAAAAAAUUUGGAAAUGUGUUGAAAAAACAUGGUGUGAAGAAGGGAGAUCGUGUAACAAUCUACUUGCCAAUGAUAUUAGAAGCAUGUAUUGCAUUACUGGCGUGUGCAAGAAUUGGGGCUGUGCACUCGGUUGUAUUCGCUGGAUUUAGUGCAAAUAACUUGGCUGAACGUAUUAGUGAUUGUAACUCGUCUAUUAUUAUCACAAGUGAUUUUAGUUUUCGAGGAGGUAAAUGUACACCAUUAAAAUCAAAGACUGAUCAAGCAUUAAAACAACUACAUCCGUUCCAAAUUAAAACCGUUAUUGUUAUUAAUCAAGGACGAGAUGCUCAAAAUGUAAACAUACCACUUUCAUCAACAUUUGAAUGGAUAAAUGGACGUGAUUAUUGGUACCAUCAAGAAAUGGAAAACGUGUCAAAUGUUUGUCCGCCCGAGCCGAUGAAUGCCGAAGAUCCGCUAUUCAUUCUUUACACAUCUGGUUCAACAGGAAAACCAAAAGGAAUAUUGCAUACGACUGGUGGUUAUCUAGUUUAUGUAUCAUUAACAUUUCAAUAUGUGUUUGCUUAUAAUCCAGGGGAAAUUUACAUGUGUACGGCUGAUAUAGGUUGGAUUACUGGUCAUUCUUAUGUUGUUUACGGUCCGUUAUCAAAUAGAGCAACUAGUGUAUCUCCGUGUGCGGAAUUGAAAAUUCACAGUAUUUCUUUAUAUUUAAGACAUAUCCUGAUGCCUCACGAAUUACAGGCGGGUUCAGCAACACUUCCAUUUUUUGGCAUACAAACACAAAUUGUUGAUAGAGAAACGCAUAAUUUAUUGACACCACCAUGUACAGGCGAACUUUGUAUCAAAGAUUCAUGGCCCGGGCAAGCGCGUUCUAUUUACAAUAAGCAUGAACAUUUUGUUGAUGUGUAUUUUAAACCAUACCGGGGUCUUUAUUUUACUGGUGAUGGAUGUGAAAUUAAAGAAAAUGGCUAUCAUUGGCUUACGGGCCGUGUUGACGAUGUGUUAGUCAUUUCUGGUCACAAUAUAGGAACAGCCGAAGUUGAAUCUGCGUUAGUCCUUCAUCCAGCCGUUUCAGAAGCUGCCGUUGUCGGCUACCCCGAUCCAAAAAAGAAUCAAGGAAUGUAUUGUUUUGUGACUUUGAGAAAUAAUCAAAAAGAAACUGAUAAACAAGAACUUAUUACUUUCGUGAAAGAACAUAUAGGCGCUCAUGUUUAUCCUGAUGUAAUUCAUUUUACUCCAGAUUUACCCAAGACUAGAAGUGGUAAAAUAAUGAGAAGAAUACUACGAAAAAUAGCCGAACCGGAUAUUGAAAAUUUGGGUGAUACGUCAACAUUGACCGAUCCAACCAUUGUAGAUGAAUUAAUUAGCACAUGUCCACGAUCAAGAAAAAUAUAA